CGAGCGCGUUUAUCUCGGCGAAUUAACAACUUCUUGUCCUGUUGAAGAUCUCACUUGUCCUCAUGGAUAUUUAUUCCUCUAAACUAUCACCCGCUGUGGAUUAUGUAGUUGGUGCGUUCCUGCUGCUCAUUGCAAUUCUUUCCAUUGUGGGGAAUGUGAUGGUUCUUGUGAUGGCAUACAAGCGGUCGAACCAGAUGAAGCCUCCUGAGAUUCUGAGUGUGAAUCUCGCUGUGACAGAUAUGGGAGCCGCUGUCACCAUGUACCCGCUGGCUGUAGCCUCAGCGUGGAACCACCAUUGGAUAGGGGGAGACAUCACCUGUGUGUACUACGGCCUGAUGGGAUUUUUCUUUGGAGCAGCUAGCAUUAUGACCCUAACAAUUAUGGCUAUUGUUCGCUUCAUCGUGUCUUUAACGCUCCAGUCACCCAAAGAGAAAAUCAGCAAAAGGAACGCUAAGAUCCUUGUGGCGACCACUUGGCUGUACGCGCUGCUCUGGGCUCUUUUUCCAUUGAUUGGCUGGGGAAAAUACGGCCCGGAGUCCUUUGGCCUGUCUUGUACUCUGGCUUGGAGGGACAUGAAGGAACAUAGCCAGUCUUUUGUCAUUACUAUUUUCCUUAUGAACCUCAUCCUCCCAGCCAUCAUCAUCAUCUUAUGCUACUCUGCUAUCGCUGUGAAACUAUACAUCACCUACAAGUCUAUGGACGACACCAACCGCAUACCUAACAUGAUAAAGAUGCAGCGGCGACUCAUGGUGAUCGCUGUGUUGAUCAGCAUUGGGUUUGUUGGCUGCUGGGCACCAUAUGGCAUCAUCAGCCUGUGGUCCGUCUACCGGCCCAGUGACUCAAUCCCUCCUGAGGUCAGCAUGCUACCUUGUCUGUUCGCCAAGUCGUCCACUGUGUACAACCCGUUCAUCUACUAUAUCUUUAGCAAGGCCUUUAAACAAGAAGUCAACCAGUUGGGCCACCUCUGUGGGAGAUCUAACAUCUGCUGUACUUCUGAUGCUAGAAACAGCCCAGAGAAUACCAUCUACCUGGUGUGUGACAUGAACAAGUCCAAAUCUGGAGCAGAGGAACAAACAAUCGAGAACAACAGGGAGAAUGAGAAUCAAACUGAUGCCAAAUCAGUAGGAUCUGGGAUGUACACUCUUAAGAGUGAAUCUGUACAGAACACUGAUUAGUGGAAACUUUUGAGUUAUUUUUGCCUGGUUAAAGGCACACAGAGUGGUCCGUGGACACUUGAAUGAACUUUUGUUUUUUUUUUCAUUCCACAAGCUGCAAUACCACUCCAUAUCAUUGUAUGGCAUAGUGUGAUAUUAUCAAUGAGGCAUUUAGAUGUUGUCUAAUGGAUUUCAUGAUAAAAAAAAGUGUCAUUUUGUUGACACAUUGAAUACAUUCCAAGAGAAAUUAUCUUUAUUCAAAUGGUUCGGCCAAAUAUGAAAAUUCUGUCAUUAUUUACUCACACUCAUGUCAUUCCAAACUCGUAUGAACCCGUAUUUAAGGUUCAUAGACAUUGUGCAUAAGCUUAUGCUUUUAUUAGUUGCAUGGUGAUUUAUACUGCCAAACCUUAACAGCCAAAAAGCACAUUAAAGUAUCAUAAAACAAGUCCAUAUGACCCGUGCAGUAUAUUCCAAGUCUCCUUACGUUAUAUAAUAGCAUUGCUUCAAAGUG